UUCAUUAAUUGCUGUUGUAAAUUGCUGGUGCUGUAAUCAAAGCUGCUCCUACAAGCACUGCUCAUUAUUCAAGUUAACCUUGUAAGAAACGAUGAGUGGCCAUGGCUCAUCUUCAGAAAAGGGAGUCAAUACUAGUCUAAUAUGUCAAGAGAGUUAUGCCUGUGGUGGCUCUGAGGAAGCUGCAUUUGAGUGUUAUGAAUGCAAAAGCUUGCAGUGUGUUCGUUGCGAGCUUGAGCUCCACAACCAGGAGUCUCUCAAGAACCAUGAACGGGUUCAGAUAAGUCCAGGGCAUGUCCCUUACUGUGACAACUGUAAAGGAGGUAAUGGAGACAGUGGCAAACGCCAUAGGUCUGUGGUCCGCUGCCAGAACUGCAAAGUUAAUUUGUGCCAAGACUGUCAGAAACGCACCCACAGUGGAGGCAACAGGAAGAAACACCAGCUUACAUCUUAUCCUCCACCACCAAAACCUGCCGAGGUCAGCUCUGUCCAAACACCUGUGCAGCCCGUUGUCCAAGUAGGCGAUGAGACCAAAUCUCAGCGAGCAAAGCUCCUGGAGAAGAUAACCAGUUUUCUACUGGUUGAUGAGAAUGAGGAAAUGCAGAUAAAAGAUGAUGCUGCAUUUGUAAAGAGGUUGAACUGCCCCCCUGACCAGCUGCUGAAGGUGGUGUCCAUCUUUGGUAACACGGGAGAGGGCAAAUCUCACACCCUGAACCAUACAUUCUUCAUGGGCAGAGAAGUGUUCAAGACCUCUCCCACACAGGAGUCCUGCACAGUGGGUGUGUGGGCAGCGUUUGAUCCUAUCCAUAAAGUAGUGGUCAUCGAUACAGAGGGUCUGCUUGGGAACAGUUCCAAACAGGGCCAGAGAACCCGUCUCUUGCUCAAGGUGCUCGCCAUCUCUGACCUCAUCAUCUACCGCACCCAUGCUGACCGUCUCCACGACGACCUCUUCAAAUUCCUCGGGGACGCCUCUGAGGCCUACUUGAAGCAUUUCACUAAGGAACUGAAGGCCACAACAGCCCGCUGUGGCCUGGAUGUCCCACUGUCCACCUUGGGGCCCGCUGUGGUCAUCUUCCAUGAGACAGUCCACACUAAGUUGCUCGGUUCAGAUAAGUCGUCCGAGUCAGUAGAUCGGCUGCUGUUGGAACGCUUCAGGAAGCUUUCUCGUUUCCCAGAGGCCUUCAGCUCUGUCCAGUACUGGGGCACACAGACUCUGAGCCCCCCUACUGACUUCCGUGGCCUGCAGAGUAAACUGGAGCAGCUCCUUGAUAACAAUGCCACCCGUUCCCCACGCACCCCUGUGGUCAUCUUCAAAGCCCUGCAGGCAUUAAGUGAGCGCUUCAAUGGAGAAAUUGGAGAUGAGCUGGUAGCUCACAGCUGCUUUUUUCCUGAUGAGUACUUCACUUGCUCCAGCUUGUGCCUCAGUUGUGGAUCUGGUUGCAAGAACAGCAUGAACCACCUAGCAGAAGGAGUGUGCCAUGAGGCAAGGCAUCGUUGUCGUUAUUCUGUUCAGUACGAUAAUCGUAUUUACACCUGUAAGGCUUGCUAUGAAGGGGGGAAGGAAGUGCUAGUUGUCCCAAAGACCUCAGCAUCUUCAGACUCUCCAUGGAUGGGUCUUGCCAAAUAUGCCUGGUCUGGGUAUGUUAUUGAAUGUCCCAACUGUGGAGUGAUCUAUCGGAGCCGUCAGUAUUGGUAUGGGAACCAGGACCCGGUGGAUACAGUUGUCCGCACUGAGAUCCAGCAUGUAUGGCCAGGGUCGGAUGGCUUUUUAAAGGACAAUAGCAAUGCAGCGCAGCGUCUUUUGGAUGGAGUGAACUUGGUAGCCCAGUCUGUGUCAGAGCUCAGUGUCAAGCCUGCCAAGGCUGUCACCUCUUGGCUGACAGAUCAGAUCGCCCCAGCCUACUGGAAACCCAACUCCCUCAUCUUGGUGUGCCAUAAGUGUCAUGAAGUCUUCCAGGACAAUGACACCAAGCAUCACUGCCGUGCCUGUGGAGAGGGUUUCUGUGAUGGCUGCUCUUCCAAAGCUGCACCAGUCCCUGAAAGAGGCUGGGGUCUUGCCCCUGUCAGAGUCUGUGAUAUCUGCUUUGAGCAGAGAGCUUCAUAUGCAGAGAUUCUUGAGGCAGAGCUUGAGGAGGAAGAAGGCGGAACGCUCGCCAGGAAGGUCGGAGAGGCAGUGACCAACACCAUAGGGGUUGUAGUCACUGCUAUUGACAUCCCACUUGGUCUAGUGAAAGACGCAGCCCGUCCUGCCUAUUGGGUGCCUGAUCAGGACAUCCUGUCCUGCCACAACUGCCAGCGUGAGUUCACUGCCAAACUGUCCAAGCAUCACUGCCGUGCCUGUGGCCAAGGAGUGUGUGAUGACUGCUCCCCAGAGCGUCGGCCGGUUCCAUCGCGGGGCUGGGACCACCCCGUGCGUGUGUGCACCAGCUGCAACCAGAAACCUGGAGAACUUUAACAGGGAUGGUCUUCCUUCCUCAGAGCACCAGAAAGAACCACUCACUCAGCUCGCAGUCUGUCACUGCUAUACCUCUGUUACUCAAAUGGUUCCGUCCUGUUUCUGUGGAAAGGAAGUUUUUAGUCAUAUAUACAGUAAAGAUUUGGGAUUUUAGAGUUCCUGUGGCCUUUGUAGAACAGCCAGAACAUGUGAGUUACUUGACUGAGUGU